CCCGCGUUGCCACGUGACGAAGCUCUGGGGGGGUGUAGCCGCGGCGGCCCAACGAAGUGAUAAAUAGGGGUGCAGCUGGCGGGAAGCGCCAAGAUGGCGGCGUAGGGGCGGGUGUUACUUUUGCUCUGCUAUUCCCUUCCUCCCCGUCCUUCGCCCCCAGAGCCGCCAGUAGGGCGGAGGCGUGUCCGCCGCUGGAGCCCCAGAAGCAGGGCAGCCCCGAGGAGCGGCGCAGGGAGGCGGCGGAGGCGGCGACGACGUGCCCUGCUAUCGUCUCCAGGAUGCCCAACAUCAAGAUCUUUAGCGGCAGCUCCCACCAGGACCUCUCGCAGAAGAUCGCCGACCGCCUCGGCCUCGAACUCGGAAAGGUCGUCACCAAGAAGUUCAGCAACCAGGAGACAUGCGUGGAGAUCGGCGAGAGCGUGCGUGGCGAAGAUGUCUACAUCGUGCAGAGCGGCUGCGGCGAGAUCAACGACAACCUGAUGGAGCUGCUCAUCAUGAUCAACGCUUGCAAGAUCGCCUCGGCCAGCCGCGUCACCGCCGUCAUCCCCUGCUUCCCUUACGCGCGCCAAGACAAGAAGGACAAGAGCCGGGCCCCAAUCUCUGCCAAGCUGGUGGCGAAUAUGCUGUCAGUUGCUGGGGCAGACCACAUCAUCACCAUGGACCUGCAUGCCUCUCAGAUCCAGGGUUUCUUUGAUAUCCCUGUGGACAACCUGUAUGCAGAGCCUGCUGUCCUGAAGUGGAUCAAAGAGAACAUUGUAGAGUGGAGGACCUGCACAAUCGUCUCACCCGACGCUGGUGGAGCCAAAAGAGUAACUUCUAUUGCUGAUCGGCUGAACGUGGACUUUGCCCUCAUUCACAAGGAGAGGAAGAAGGCAAACGAGGUGGACCGCAUGGUUUUAGUAGGUGAUGUGAAAGACAGAGUGGCUAUCCUUGUGGAUGACAUGGCAGACACCUGUGGAACGAUCUGCCAUGCAGCAGACAAGCUGCUUUCAGCUGGAGCCACCAAAGUUUAUGCCAUUCUGACGCAUGGGAUCUUUUCUGGACCAGCCAUCUCCCGCAUCAACAAUGCCUGCUUCGAGGCGGUUGUAGUCACAAACACCAUCCCCCAGGAGGACAAGAUGAAGCAUUGCCCUAAAAUCCAGGUCAUCGACAUCUCCAUGAUUCUGGCCGAGGCCAUCAGGAGGACUCACAAUGGCGAAUCAGUCUCUUACCUCUUCAGCCAUGUCCCUUUAUAACAGUCAAUGCUGCUGCUGCUUGUGUGGCUUUUUUGGGGGGGGGGGGAACCAAACCAAAAUGUGUUGAAUUUGUUUUCUGCUCGGUCCUUCCUCUGCAUUUCCCAGAGCCUGGCAGGGGAGAGAUGGAGGGGAUCACUUCCGUGCUCUUGGAUUGCUGUCCUCCCUGGGCUCUUGAGUGACUGGUGAUAUUAAGAUAGUCUCACUCUGAGAGAAAGUAGAGCUGGCUUUGCAGACUGCCCUGGGGGGUGGGAGGGGAGACUUUUUUUGCAUGUGAAGCUCCCUGGAUCGUUUUGUAUAGCUAGGUCAGGUAGCUGCUCCUUGGUGGAAGGAAGCUCCCGGGGGGGUGGGGGGGACACAGAAGGGGGGGCGGAAGACAUGGGGGUCUUCCAUAGGCUGCGGCUAGCUCCUGCUCCUUCUAGUCAGUCAGUCUCUCUCUCUCUCUGUCCAGUUCAUUUCAGAGCAGUCCAUCUGAUUGGGCUGUUUAUUUUUCUCCCAGCUAGCUAAACUAAUUGAUACGUUUUGUAUUUUGGGCUUUGAUGAGCAGCGUUCCCAUCCCAAACCUGCCAUAUUGGGGAACCCUGCUUUUCUUCCUGUGCCAGAGGGCGAUUGUGCAGUUUCCAAUGCCCUGGGGGAAGACCACACCACAUACUUCUCUCUCUCUUGGAUGCUUUUCCUAGAGACCUUAGGCCCAGCUUUUAUUUAUUGGUGCUUCUUCAAUGCUCCUUGUUAACUGUCAUUCGACACUCCUGCAGAAGGCUGGAGGAGGAUGAUACUGACCCCGUCCCCAGAGGCAAACACAUCACACUUGAACCCUGAGCUGCUGCCCGAGGCAGUCUGCGGCUGACCCACUAACCUGCCUCGUGAGAGAGAGCAGCAGCCUGGCUUGGUGAAGACUGGCUUAAUCUGGAAGGAAGAUGGCUUUAGCAGAGUCAUUGGCAUCUCUCAGCCAUGGCUUACGUAAAACACUUCAUUUGUGGGAUAACAGUAGCGAUUGUGAAAAGUCUCAGCUUGGGAAGGGGGUCCUCUUUAGAUGUUGGGUAUCGUGCCUUCUUAUUACACUUCCUCUCUCCUGUCCCAGGGCUUUGGUCCCCUGGCAAUUCUGUACCCACUUCUUCCUGAGCACGUGGCAGUGGAGGGGGGGGGUGUCUUGUGUCUCAUCUGUGUGACAAGUCUGUGUGUGUGUGGUUGCUUCUUUACCCUGCAUCCUUCAUGUCGCCUCUCUCUCUCGAGCUGCUGCCCCUCCUCAGUCCUGGGCAGUGGCCCAGCGCAAUGCUUCGGAAGACAGCAGAGGGGGUCGGCAUCAUAUGUGUUCCUCCA